CCCGGAAGUUACGGAUGCCAGAGUCGCUGCAUCCAUAUGCUCGCUCAUUUAAGCCUUUUAUUGUCAUUUGUUGCAUUUUGUAGUGUUUAUAAUUUGCAACUAUGUUAUCUUUCGACUUCUUGGACGACGUCCGUCGCAUGAACAAGCGACAGCUUUAUUACCAGGUGCUGAACUUUGGUAUGAUAGUUUCCUCUGCGCUGAUGAUCUGGAAAGGGCUGAUGGUUGUCACUGGCAGCGAGAGUCCGAUUGUUGUUGUUCUCAGUGGCAGUAUGGAACCAGCUUUCCACAGAGGAGACUUGCUGUUUCUUACCAACCGGGUCGAAGAUCCAAUCAGAGUGGGAGAGAUUGUUGUCUUCCGGAUAGAAGGCAGAGAGAUCCCCAUCGUUCACAGAGUACUGAAGAUCCAUGAAAAGGAAAACGGAGACAUCAAGUUCUUGACCAAAGGAGACAACAAUGCAGUGGAUGACAGAGGUCUGUACAAGCCGGGGCAACACUGGCUGGAGAAAAAGGACGUUGUGGGCCGAGCACGAGGGUUUGUGCCGUACAUUGGAAUCGUCACCAUCCUCAUGAACGACUACCCGAAGUUCAAAUACGCUGUCCUGUUUCUACUGGGUCUGUUCGUGUUGGUGCAUCGAGAGUGAGCCUCAAGAAGACCGCACAACAUCCAUGAAAACCUCUUCAAGACUUUGAGUUUCGGAAAAAAAAAGUUACACUUGGUGGAGCCCAGCAGGCUUUUUUCUACCUUAUUUUGUUUUCGACAUAUUUUUAGAAACGCAGAUAAGGUGUUCACAUCAGAGACAUCGAGCUUUAAAACACGUUUUUGUGAUAAACCAGCCUAUAGUCACACACGUACCGAUUCUCUGUAAUGUGGCGAAUGUGAAGCAGGUCUGUGUCUGUUGUCGAGUCGUUGUCUUUAAAAGAUAGGUGAAGUAUUUUAUGACCACCAGUUAUUAAUAUUAAAUAUGAAAGCCGGUCCAUCCA